AUGGACUCGUACCAACACGAAGAUGCCUUUUCGGGCGACCUGGGGGAGCCCCAAAGGCCACGUCAAAUGCCCUCAGAUCUCCCGACCUCUCUCAAUGACCGUAGACCCGUGACCAUCAUGAACGAGGAAACUGAAAUAUACGAUGCAUGGCAGGGGCAGUCGCAGUUUCUCACCACCCCGAUGCCAGCUCGUCCGUUGAGCUUUAACCUAUCGCUCGAUGACCCGACGUUUGGCGACGAAGACAUGCAGCAGCUCGAGGAUAGCGAUAGCCGUCUAGUGCAGAUGCUCGCCCACCAGGCCCGCCUAAAAAACGACAACGCCGGCGACGAAGCAAAAGUCGUGGCCGACGAGAAGUUGUCGCAUGAAGAAAAGAAAGAGGCCCUGCAGGGGCUAUUCACUCUGGCUGCCUCCAACGGCGAGCUGGAGAGAGUUCGGAGGCUGCUAGACGGCAAGGCACGCGAGUACAUUGACAUCAAUGGCGUCGAUGCAGAAGGCACGCCGCCUCUGGUUUACGCGAGUUGCUUUGGCCACGAAGACGUAGCCGCGACAUUACUCGAGCAGGGCGCUACUGUUGACAUGCAGGACAAGAAUCGCUGGACGCCCCUCAUGUGGGCCAUGACCAACCGGCACAAGGAUAUCGUCAAGCUCCUACUAGACCACGGAGCGUCGACAGACGUCAAGUCUUCCGGAGGGAGAACCGCCUUUGACUUUGUCGAACCCAAUACCGAACUUUCAGACUACCUACACGAGAGCGGAUACGCGAUUGGUAAUGCAGGUGUCGGGGACGAUUUUUACAGCGCCGGCUUCUCGCAAGACCGCUUCGAGCAGGAGAUGCAGGAGAACGACAUGAAGCGACGGAUGAUGAUGGAGAGCGCCUUCAACCUGGAAGUCGAUAUCGGCAACCUCGGUCUGGACGAGCAGCCAGAGCCUCCUGAGGAGCCAGAAGAAGAAAUGCCAGAAUUCGUUUGGGACCGAUGUCUCAACGACCAAAUGUUCGUAUUCCAGGAGAACGAACUCGAACGCAUACUCGAUAUCAUCAUCACCAACAUGACGCCGCAACGAUCCCCCUCGCAAAAGCCAGUACCCGCAAACAUACUCUUCCUCAGUGCACGAUAUGCGCAUUAUCAUGCCGACCCCGAGCUUUUGGAAACACUCCUCGUAUCCGCGAUGAAUAAGAUCAAUGACGUGGUGGAGAAGCAUCAGUGGGAUAUGACUGUGCUGGCUUUCUGGAUGUCCAAUGCAACAUUACUGCUGCACUACCUCAAGAAAGAUGGUGGGCUAAUGGGGGCGACAAAUGAAUUUCAACUACAGAUGGCGGAGCUCAUAAAUGAGAUUUUCAUUCUCAUCAUUCGUGAUGCGGAACGUAGAAUGGACAAGAACCUGGACCAGGCGAUGCUCGACCACGAGCCUAUGCCCGGCUUCGAGGACGUACAAUUCCAGCACGAAUGGAAAAUAUUUCGUUCCAAGCCAAAGGCAAAACCGGUAGAGCCACUUGAGAAACGCUUCCGACCGCCGUCGCCAAAGCGUAGAGCGCAGCCAUCACCACGAAACAUCACUUCUCUCCUUGCAUCAACUUUGUUUGUCCUUGAUCUAUACGACAUCCACUCGGUCAUCACAGCGCAGGUGCUAUCACAGCUCAUCUACUGGCUGUCUGCAGAAGUAUUCAACCGCAUCAUGUCGAACAGGAAGUACCUCGCGCGCACAAAGGCCAUGCAAAUACGUAUGAAUGUCUCUACACUCGAAGACUGGGCGCGAACCAAUAGCCGACAACCAGAACACUACGAGAACGGUUCCAUGACCUCUACAGGAGAAAACACGGCAGAUGCUGCCAAACGGCACCUUGAGCCAUUGAUACAAUUGCUCCAGUGGCUACAGUGCUUUUCGUCGCUUGGAGAGGAUCUCGAGUCGUUUGUGGGAACAUUACAGCAGUUGACGCGCCUUUCCCCUCAACAACUUCUACACACCGCAAAAUACUACCGCCCAGAAGUCGGCGAAAAAGGCCUUCCAAAGAACGCAGCAAAGUACAUUGCGCAUCUACAAAAGGCAGCCGCCGAUCGCAAGGCAUCAAAAACAAAGUCACCCAAUCCGCAAGGACCUGACUCCGCACCCGCCACGCCAGUCAGAGCGCCAUCGAACAGAAAUGUCGAAGCCUCACCUGCACCUUCGCGGGUGUCUGAUGAGGACGAAAACGACGACCCUCCGGACGAGCUCCUCCUAGACCCAUCAUAUAUGCUACCGUUCUCACUACCAACAUCGACAGACAUGCUCAUUAGCUAUGGAGCUGGAUUCGGCGGUAUGAACAAGGAGCGAGAACGGAAAUACAUUCCCACCGUGCCGCCCGAGUUCAUGGCCAAGUUGGACCUGAACGGGAACAGCAACAAGAAUAACUCGUUUUAUUCGGAGUCACAAUGGAAUGAUCCAAGCUACGGGUGA